CAAUCUUUCCUCAAUCUUUCCUUGAAUGAUUUUUGGCUUUCCGAGAUUCCAUCAGAAAUCAGUCAGUUUACUAGACUAAAGCAUCUUGAUGUCUCUUUUUCUGGAUUUUCGGGCCAAGUUCCAACAGAAAUUGCUCACCUCCCCAAGUUAGUUUCUCUCAAUCUCUCCAAUUUUGAAUUGAUCCUUGAAGCAACUACCUUCAAAAAUCUUGUUCAUAACUUGAGUGAGGUGAGAGAACUUGAGCUUCGUGGAGUGGACAUGACAUCUGUUAAUCCUCGUUUCUUCAUGAAUCUCUCUUCUUCUUUGACUACUCUUGAUCUUUGGGAGAGUUGGUUAGGAGGAAACUUUCCAAACAGUAUUUUCCGCUUUCCAAAUCUCAAGAGAUUUAGUUUGGGUGGAAAGGGAAACCUCACUAUUGAUCUUCCAAGAGAUCUAAAGUCAUUACAGUCUCUGAGUCUUGGCUGCAACUUGGAAGGUUCCAUUCCAGCUUCCAUAGGGAACUUAUCUCAACUAACUGACCUAAGCCUCUAUUUUAACAAUUUUAACGGACAAAUCCCAUCAUCACUUGCAAACCUCGCACAACUUACCUUUCUUGACCUUUCAAAUAAUCAGUUUUCUGGUCCCAUUCUAGCUUCCAUAUGUAACUUAAGGCAACUUACUAGCCUAGUCCUCUCUUCUAGCAAUUUUAGCGGACAAAUCCCAUCAUCACUUGCAAACCUCACCCAACUUACCUCUCUUGACCUUUCCAAUGAUCAGUUUUCUGGUCCCAUUCCAGCUUCCAUAGGUAACUUAAGGCAACUUACUAGCCUAUACCUCUCUUCUAACAAUCUUAGCCAACAAAUCCCAUCAUCACUUGCAAACCUCACCCAACUUCCCUUUCUUUACCUUUCCAAUAAUCAGUUUUCUGGUCCCAUUCCAGCUUCCAUAGGUAACUUAAGGCAACUUACUAGCCUAGUCCUCUCUUUUAACAAUCUUAGCGAACAAAUCCCAUCAUCACUUGCAAACCUCACCCAACUUACCUCUCUUGACCUUUCCAAUAAUCAGUUUUCUGGUCCCAUUCCACCUUCCAUAGGUAACUUAAGGCAACUUACUAGCCUAGUCCUCUCUUCUUACAAUCUUAGCGGACAAAUCCCAUCAUCACUUGUAAACCUCACCCAACUUACCUCUCUUGACCUUUCCAAUAAUCAGUUUUCUGGUCCCAUUCCACCUUCCAUAGGUAACUUAAGGCAACUUACUGGCCUAGUCCUCUAUUCUAACAAUCUUAGCGAACAAAUCCCAUCAUCACUUGCAAACCUCACCCAACUUCUCUAUCUUGACCUUUCCAAUAAUCAGUUUUCUGGUCCCAUUCCAGCUUCCAUAGGUAACUUAUGCCAACUUACUAGUCUACACCUCUAUUCUAACAAUCUUAGUGGACAAAUCCCAUCAUCACUUGCAAACCUCACCCAACUUCCCUCUCUUGACCUUUCCAAUAAUCAGUUUUCUGGUCCCAUUCCAGCUUCCAUAGUACCUGGCAUGUUCUCGGCACUUCAAAAUCUCGAAAUUCUUGACCUUUCUCAUAACAACUUAAUCGGGAAGAUUCCAAAUUGUCUUCCUAAGUCUCUCUCAGUGUUGAAUUUGCAGGCCAAUUACUUUGAUGGAAAUAUAGCAUUUGGGUUUCCAAAGGGCUGUGGAUUACGAAAUCUCAACUUACAUGGAAAUCAAAUGGAUGGCUUAUUACCAAGGUCUUUGGUGAAUUGUCGCAUGUUAGAGGUUCUAGACGUUGGCAACAACAACAUAAGUGAUACAUUCCCUCAUUGGUUGGAAUCUCUACCAGACCUUCAAGUGCUUGUCUUAAGGUCCAACAAGUUCCACGGUUCUGUGCAGAGCACCAAAGAAAGUCCAUCUUUUCCCAAGUUGCGAGUUCUGGACCUCUCCAGCAAUUAUUUUGUUGGUGCUUUGCCUGUUCGGUACAUUGAAAAUUUUAAUGCGAUGAUGGACCCUCAUAAAGAUGGUGGUUCCCCUAAAUACAUGAUUGUGUUGACGGUAGCCAAUUCUUAUCAAUAUUCACUGGUUGUGACAUGGAAGGGAUUCGAGUAUGAGCUGCAAAGAAUCUUGACUGUAUUCAGUAGUAUUCAUCUCUCAAAUAACAAGUUUGAGGGAGAAAUUCCAGAUGUUAUUGGAAAGCUUAGUUCUCUCAAAGGGCUUAAUCUCUCUCAUAACAACCUUACUGGUCAUAUCCCACCGUUACUAGGGAAUUUGACGAAUCUGGAAUGGUUGGAUCUCUCUUCCAACGAGUUGGCAGGGAAAAUUCCUGAUGAAUUGGUAUAUUUGACACAACUCUCUGUAUUGAAUCUUUCAAAUAAUCAUCUUGUCGGGCGCAUACUGCAGGGCAGUCAGUUCAACACCUUUGAAAAUGGUUCUUAUGAAGGAAACCUUGGACUAUGUGGAAUCCCAUUGUCAAAAUCUUGUGAUGGAAUUGGGACAUCGCCGAGCUCCUUCCAAGAAAAAGAUGCGUUGUGGAGAUUUGGCUGGAGAGUUGUGGUGUUAGGCUAUGGAUGUGGAGUUGUUUUUGGACUGCUGAUGGGAUAUCAUGUCUUCCGAACAGGAAAACCAAAAUGGUUUGUGUCUUUGUUUGAUGGCCGACCAAGUCAAAGUGGAAGGAAGAUGAGGAAAGCGAGAAGACUUGUUCAAAGAAGAAGCUAGUUGCAGAGUUGAUGUUUUAGAGCUUCUGAUUUAAUGUUUCCUGAAUAAGUGCUUUUCGGGUUUGAAGUUCUUGUUAUGGCUGGCAUUGGCUUGUCUAAAAUUGUCAGCCUUCUCUUGCCUUUAUCAUGCUUUGUAAAUUUGUCUUUCUUUAUUGUAAAAUAUAUUUGAAGGUUCAAG